AUCACUGUCGCUUUAUUCAACCACACCAUGUAUGAGCGCAACGAUCUGUAUACGUGUUUAGUUGGCGGAAGUAUUAUCGGAAGGGAGUCUCUUUCGUGAAAAGACAUUCCUGUCUCCUUUCUUGUCGCCUCCCUAGCAUUCUUUUGAUUCGGGCUGGAAGUGGUUCGUAGAUAUCAUCUCCAUAGCAGAAUGUCCCUUUGCCUUUUCAAUACUACCUCCCUAUUUUUUUGGCACAUUCCUAUUUUUUUUUUGCCUUUGACUCUCGGUGCAUUUCCUUCUUCUUAUUUCUCGCUGCUUUCUACCUUGUCCUCAAAUUCUACUCACACUCAUCCGGCCCUUGUUAACGCGAGCUGUAUAUAAAACGUUCACAAAGGGCAAAGCUCUUAGAAAAGAAGGCUCUUUCUCUUUUCUUUUCGUCCGUUUUUCUUGGCAACUACUUAGCGUCAAUUGGUGAGAAUAGCUUCAAAAUGUCGUUUGGAGGCUACAAUCCUGGAGGGUCCUCGGAGCUCCCAUUCUCAAAUCCAGAUACUGCAGGAAUGCGCUCCAGGACCAGCAGUAUUUCUUCGGUCCAUUCAAAUCACGGUACCAACUUAUCGCAGCAACAGCAGCAACAAUCCAGUCCGUACUACAGUCCGUACGGAUCACGUCCAGGAACCCCCGUCGUCGGUGACAGUGAGGGUUACAUUGGUGGGGGCACAGGAUACGGCGCAGGAUACGGCGCAGGUGGGUAUGAUGGCUACGAAUCCGGAUCAUCCUCAUCAGUCCCAGGGUCGCCAUACGCUUCCGAUCCGACUCAACAGCGAAAGCAGCAGCGCAAUGGGUCUUAUCGAAUGAAGACUGCCGGAGCCGGAUACGACUCGCCCACGGCAGGGGUCUCAAACUCGGUCCCUACGUUCUAUGGCCACUCCAGGACACAUAGCAACGCGUCAGAGAUGUCGCUCAACAUCGACACGUCUCUGGAAGGGGGAGUGCACGGACCGGGAGAGGGCAGUCCGUAUUCGCCAGGCCCAGCGUCGCUCUCAAGCGCCUCAUCAUCUCGUCGCGGCAGCUUUUCUGAUAGCGGUGGAGGCGGGUUCUUUAAUCGCAAGGUUGGCAAGACGUUCCGCCCGGAGCCACAUCAUUCGUCGGAAAAUUAUCCUACUGACGACAUGGACAACGGCAACGAUAGCGACGCUCGCUACGGGUCCAAGAAACCGACUGCGAAAAAGGGUGCCAGCUGCAAGGGCGACAUGGGAGGGCGCGUAGGGGUUCGUGAUAUUUUCAACGAUUGGGAUUUAUUGCUCCCCAGUGCAGACCCGUACGCCGAUGGAGAGGAUGAUGACGAGGGGCUGAACGACGAUGAAAAAUGGAAGAAACGACAGCUCUCGAAGAAAGGUUGGGAGAGCCGGAAGGGACAGGUGAUCCUGGUGUCGCUCUUGGCAGCGAUAGCGACCCUUGUACGGAUUUGGAAGCUGGCAGUGCCUGGCGCAGUCGUUUUUGAUGAGCAGCACUUUGGAGGAUUUGCUGCAGAUUAUCUCAAGGGUGAGUUUUUCAUGGAUGUCCAUCCGCCUCUGGGCAAGAUGCUCUAUGCUGCAGUGGCCUACAUGCUCCGGUCCGAUGGCGACUUUGAAUUCGUGCCUGGAAAGUUGUACUCGAGGAAUGUCCCUUAUAUUGGCAUGCGCAUGUUUGCCGUCGCUUGCGGCGUGGGCUUGAUUCCAAUCUCAUACUGGACGGUCAAAAAAUCGGGCCAUUCGACACAAGCUGCCAUGAUCUGCGCCGUUCUUAUCACUUUUGAGAACGCGUUGGUGACGCAAAGCCGCUUUAUCUUACUAGACGCACCCAUGAUGUUGUUCAUGGGUUACACCAUGCUGGCGUGGAUCAACUUUUAUAACUAUCGCAAUCGCCCCUUCACUCGAGGAUGGUGGUUGUGGUUGUUUCAGACAGGCUUCAGUCUUUUUCUCUCCAGCAGUGUCAAGUGGGUUGGGGUUUUCACCAUUGCCACAGUUGGCGUGUGCGUACUUAAGUACCUGCAGGAAUCCAGGACCCAUCUUUACAUUAGCACUCGCGACUUUUCAAAGCAGUUUAUAGCCCUGUUCAUCUGCCUUCUCAUCCUUCCAGCGGUACUCUAUGUUGGUCUGCAUGCUCUGGACUUUAGACUUCUCUCCAAUUCUGGGUCAGGGAAUGCUUGGGUCAGCCCCCAAUUCCAGAUGACUCUGAAAGGACACAGUGUGUUGCCCGUCAUGGCCGAUAUUGCUUGGGAAUCCAAGGUCCACAUUCGUCAUGCGAACACCAACGGCGGAUGGGUUCACACCAUGCCCGGUGAAUACAUUCGUGAUGGAUCCAAAGAUCAAGCAGUUCAGCUCGUGGAAUGGGACGACGACCUGACAUGCUGGCAAGUCCAUCCUGCCGACCUACUUCUUCGCCAAGAGCGCGUCCAGCUCAAUCAGGACAACAGCAAAGUCUCCUUUGUCGAGUUUGAUGGCUAUGUCUACGACGGCGACCAAAUCCGACUCCGUCACUGCUACUCCAAAGUCGCGCUCUCGACUAACGAUAUCGAAUCUGUAGGCUCCAACAAGACUUACUUGAGAGAAGUCCGCGGCAUCCAAUGGGUAAAUCAGCCGACAGAAGAGACCAUAUGGAGAGUGGAACUCGUCCCAGAGGGUCUUGUGCCAGGCCUGGCGGACCAUUAUGGGAAGAUGAACAAGAAUACGCCAGUAGUAGGAGAAACAAAGCGCAAGGACGAACGACCCAAGAUUCUGGGGAGGGAGAUGAAAGAGAGCAGCAGUAAUUCUGCUGCAGGACAAGGUCAAGGUGCCGGUACGAAGAGGGAUCAGAGAAAACAGUGGCAUUCAAUCAAAGGGUUUAGGCUGUGGAAUGAGAAACAGCACUGCUAUCUGCAGUCGCAUAAGGUCUUUAGAGCGCCGUACUCGGCCUACCAGGAAGUAGCUUGCGUCCAAGGUAGUCGCCAGAAGGCGAACACUAUCUUCAUCGUCGACCAAAACGCGAAUCCUCGCCUGCCCACAUCGACGCCUUCGCUCUCGUACCAGCCACUCUCGUUUUUCCAAAAGUUCCUCGAGCUGAACCGCGUUAUGUGGUGGACCCACCAUGAUUUGAGUGCACCUGUCAACGGAGACGACCACUCUAGCGGCCAGCCCAAGGUUUCGGACGAGUCGCAUCCCUGGAGCUGGCCAUUUAUGAAGCGAGGCAUAAACUAUUAUAGCAGCAGGGAGACCAAUCACUAUGUACACUUCAUGGGCAACCCCCUUCUCUGGUGGACGGCCACUGCUGCUGUUGGGCUGUACAUGCUGAGCUGCCUCUGGAGUGUCAUUAAGUAUCUCAAGGGCAAGCAUGAGUCCAAGCUCGAACGUGAUCGCUUUGGUAUUACUCCGUUCUACGCGGUCGCCUCGGGGACCUUCUAUGCUGGAUGGGUGAUACAUUACAUUCCCUUCUUCUUCAUGUCCCGUCAAGUCUACCUGCACCACUAUCUCCCGGCCCUCUACUUCUCGAUACUUCUUCUUGUCUCACGACUCGAUCGAGCCUGGCAACGCUGGCCGGCUCGUCUCCGCUACUUGACUGGUAUCGGAAUCAUGGCUGCCGUCAUUCUCUCCUGGUAUAGUUUUGCGCCCCUUGUCUAUGGCACCGAUUUCAGAUCUCGUGCCCAGUGCGAGAAGCUGAAGGCCUUAGGUGGAUGGGAAUUUACAUGUCAGAGGAGUGACCUUGUGUGGGCACGUCCGGACUCUGCGGCGGCGAGGAUGGCAGAACAAGCAGCGCUCGCAGAGGCGAAUGCGAAGAGAAAUCGACAGGGAGAUAUGGAUGGGGAUGAUGGCAUAGAAAACUAUUUUUAUGAUGAUAAAGUAGAGCAGCAUAUAUCUGGCACUGUGGACGAAAGCGAUCAGCAGCAAUAGCAGCAGCAGCAACAGAAACGCGAGCGUGAGGAGCAGGAGCGGCGCCAGAGAGAGGAAAAUGAGAAACAUCAGAAAGAGGAGAACGAAAAGCUGCAGCGUCGGGAAUCGACGCGGGAAGAGCCCGAGGAGCAUGUGCGGAUACUCGAGGCUCAGCUGCGGCAACAGCAACAGAAGACUGGACAAUAAUCGCCAACCUGGAUAUUCUAUGUGGCCAGCUACGCGUUUAUGUAUCAGGUUCGACCGAGAAUCUCAUAAUAAAACCAAUGUUGCUUUUCAGACA